AUGGCUCACCCACGUGCCAACCGUAGCCGUCAUGGCCAUCGGGGUAAUGCUACUGGAAGGGGAAGCGGAAACGUCGCUGCCCCAACUGGGGGGAAGUAUCCUAUCGGUAACAGUACCUACGGAUAUGGACCAACAGGCACUGGGUUCGUCACCGGCACCUCCAUUGUCGUUCCAACCAAGAUUGCAGCUGAAUCCCCUGUCGACACCGCCAUCUCUCCGGAAUCUGAUGGCUCCUGUGUCCCUGGCUCUGGUUCCACCACUACCAUCUACUCAACUGAUGUCGUCACAAUGACCGUCACUGCCGAGCAGACCACCACUGUCAGGAAUCCUUCCGCUCCUUUCUCCAAUCUCACACCCUCCUAUGGUGUUUCCAACAUGACCGCAACCGGGACAGGCGGGGUGGCACCAUCCUCAAUCGUGUCCCCAUCUGGCACGACCUCGUAUCCUCCAUCCAACUUGGCGCCUACCUCAUCUUCUACGAUCUCCUUGGAUGAAUCUACCGUUGAGGUUAUCAGCAUCCCGUCGACUGAAACAUCCAGCGCAGUUUCAUAUGAAUCAUCUGCUGAGUCCAUCUCAGACAUCACUUCCACCACAUCUGCCGCACCAGUCGAGACUAGCGAAUCUCCCGUUGAGGUGAUCAGCAUCCCGUCGACUGAAACAUCCAGCGCAGUUUCAUAUGAAUCAUCUGCUGAGUCCAUCUCAGACAUCACUUCCACCACAUCUGCCGCACCAGUCGAGACUAGCGAAUCUUCCGUUGAAUCCUCUGAUGACAGCUAUCCAAGCAGCUCCAUGCAAGGGCCUGGUGCAUUCUACCAGGUCUCCUCUGCCGCUUCUGCUACCCCAACUCCUGCGGCACCAUCAAUGUCCUAUGGCACCAGUAAACGCGGUCUUGCUUACAACUCUGCUGCCCUGACCGGUGCCUUUGCUGGACAAGCUAUGUCGUGGGCCUACAACUGGGGGGACAGACCAGAUGGUACCCUCGCCCCCGGCAUUGAGUUUGUUCCCAUGCUUUGGGGUGAGAAGAAGUUUGGUAACUGGGAGGCAUCAGCCAAGUCUGCUCUUGCUGCCGGUGCCAAGCACUUGCUGUCGUUCAAUGAACCAGAUCUUGCAGAACAAGCAAACAUGAACACAGCCACUGCCGCGGCUGCUCAUAUCAAGUACAUGAAUCCUUAUGCUGGCCAGGCCAAGAUUGGGUCUCCAGCUGUCACUAAUGGCGGCCCGUCAGGAGGAACAGAUGGUAUGGGUCUUGGCUGGUUGCGAAAGUUUUUCGACAGGUGCAAUGGCAAUUGCAAAGUUGACUUCGUCGCCUUCCACUGGUACGACUCGGCAGACAAUGUUGCCUACUUCAAAAACUACGUUUCGGAUGUCAUCAAGUUGGCGCAGGAGAAGGGGGUGCAGAAAGUCUGGCUCACGGAAUUUGCUGCCGCUGGAUCUGAUGCGCAGAUUGCCAAAUUCUUGGCGGAAGUCCUUCCAUGGAUGGAUAGCAACGAUGCGAUUGAGAGAUAUGCCUAUUUCAUGUGCUCAGACGGCAGACUUGUCAAUGGCAACAGUCUAACAGCUGUUGGGAAGGCUUAUGCAGGGUAA